AUGGAGAAAUGGGUUCUGCUGUUUUUGGCUCUGUUCAAUCUCAAAGCCUUUGCUCAAGAUACCUGGCUGGGGAUUGACUGUGGAUCAGAAACUAGCACCGCAAAUAUAGGAGGAGUGUGGCAAACAGAUGAAGCAUUCAUUAAAACAGGCACUAACCAAUUUGUUUCGAGUGAUAACUUCCAAACAUUGGGUCUGCUAAACACCCUCCGAGCCUUCACAACGCAGAACAAAAAUUGCUAUGCGCUUCCAGCACUCGCCACCACCAGAUAUUUCAUCAGAGCCACCUUUCUAUAUGGCAAUUAUGAUCGCCUAUCAAAGCCACCAAAUUUCGAUCUUGAGAUCGAUGGAAAUAAAUGGAUGACUGUUGUCAGCUCCUCCACGGAAAUCUUCCACUAUGAGAUCAUUUAUACUAGCAUGGGAGAUACUAUUAGCGUAUGCUUAGCGCAAACAAUGGUGAACCAAUUUCCAUUUAUUUCCUCGUUAGAAGCAUGGCCAAUUCUUGAUAAUAAUAUGUACAUCCAUAUGAAUCGAGAUCUAGCCUGGCUCAAUAGCUACCGGUAUAAUUAUGGUGCCAACGACUGGAUCCUGGGGUACCCUGAUAAGUACAACAGGUUGUGGGAGCCAAUGGCUCAACUUGGCCUGGUGAAUACGAGUGCUGAUCCCGGAACAAUUUUAACUUCUACACCUUACGAGUAUCCACCAGAUUCAGCUGUUUUAGAUGCUAUGGAGGCUCAAAAUGCUACGGACUCGAUUACUCUAUCUUUUGGACCUAUUAAAACAAACAGCCUAAUCAAUAUUGAAGCGUAUUUCACUGCAAUGUCAUUGGACGAGGUGACAGAGACGAGAGAGUUCGGGUUUUAUGUGGGGAAUAAGCAACUAGCAACUGUGACCACUGAGUAUGGGACAUGCACAGGAGUAUGGGCCCUUGUAACUCCUUUUAGCAGCUCUUUAACCAUUGAAUUGCGACCGACAAAAACUUCGAAAUUGCCCCCAAUUAUCAGUGCUAUCGAAGUGUACACAGCCAGUGAUCCACUUGUUACAACCAGAACAUUGCAGGAUGACCUUGAUGGACUGACAGUGUUCGUACAUACAUUCGAGCAAUUGAAGGGGUGGAGUGGGGAACCAUGUCUCCCCACACACACGGCAUGGCAAUGGUUGGGCUGCACAGGCAGUGAUCCUCCCAGAGUAACAUCAAUAGAUCUAAGUAACAACAGUCUCUACGGGCAGAUUCCAGAGUUCCUCGGAAAUCUACCAAAUCUAAAGACACUUGUCGAAGGAAAUACGAAUUUAGAUGCUUCUCACAAGAAUAAAAAAACUACAGCCUUGAUCAUUGGACUAUCAGUGGGAUUAUCUCUCGUUGUCAUUAUGAUACUCGUGGCUCUCUUAUAUUGGUUAAUCCGAAUAAAACGAGCACACCAAGGACAGAAUCAAGCAACAGGUCCUGAAUCUGGAGGACCUGAGAAUCCUCCAAAAAUGAAUUCAGAGAGCACCUCAGUAGAGGCGAGCAUAGAACAACUCAUUAGGCCACAACCACGACCUAGUGCACCAAUGGAGCCAUCAAUGGAAGAAGAUUUCGAGCAAAACUCUGAUGAAGACUAUGUUCCCGUUAGUAAUGCAAAUCAAAUUCAUCAAUCUAUGGCUCCAGAAAUGGAUUUGGAAGAACUUGAGGAAAUUAUCAAACAACGCGAAUAUAACACACAUGAUGAUCCUGAUCAUGAUAAUGACAACGCAAAUUCCAAUGAACAUAAAAUCCCAGAUAGAGUGCACGAAAAUGAGCAAGCUAUGGCUCCAGAUUUGGAUUUGGAAGAACUUGAGGAAAUUGUUCGACAAGAAACUGGAGGAACUAAUGAAUUACACAACUCUGGAAAAACCUGA